AUGGCUCCAAGGAAGAAGAAUUCGCCUUUCAAGACUUUGGCAGAAAUCGAUGGGGAGACUACACCUACUGAGGGUGCCUGUGGUGCUGCUACCACUACUAACUUCUUCGACGCUCGCAAGGAAGCUCGCACGGAGAUGAAGGUUAGCGGGCAUCCGGUAUGGAAGGUGACCAGGAAAGCCUUCGGAACUAUAUGCAUCUCUUAA